GAUCUCCCCUCCACCAUCCCCUCCUUUUCCUCUCUUCGUUCCGCUCGUCUCACUCCCCGGUCAUUGCCCGCAGCCUACCUUCCCGCCCUUCUCCUCGAUCUUCCCUAAGCCUCUCACCUCGGAGGUAGUAUCCGUCGGAGGUGGAUCACCCCACGCUAGUAGCAGACGUCAUACAUCUGUGCGCCUCCACGAUCUUACAAUUUCUCCCGACGAGACUGGCCGGCCGUCUCCCCCAGAUCUUCUACAACGAUCGACGCUCGGCUAGUCUUCACUCGGCCUCAAACACAUUCUGCCCGCCAUGUUUGCCAGCAAGCGCCUGAGCAAGGAGCUCCUCAAGAUGCAAGACCAUCUACCCCCCGGAAUCACAAUCGUCAAAUCGGACAACCUCGAGGAAUGGCAAAUGGAUAUCAAAGUGCUUGAUUCCAAUCCACUGUACCAGAAUCAAACCUACCGGCUCAAAUUCACCUUUAGCAACAAAUACCCAAUUGAACCCCCCGAAGUCCAAUUUAUCGAAUGUCCAUCCACCUCCGACCACCCCCGCCCGAUCCCCAUCCACCCCCACAUCUACAGUAACGGAAUAAUAUGUCUCGAUCUCCUUAGCUCAGCCGGCUGGUCCCCCGUCCAGACCGUCGAAAGCGUCUGCAUGAGCAUCCAGAGCAUGCUGACCGCAAAUUCGCGUGACGAGCGCCCGCCGGGUGAUAGUGACUUUGUUUCCUACAAUCGCAGAAGACCCCGAGACAUCAAUUUCUUCUACGACGAUGAUAAUGUAUAGGCUGCGAGUUGGAGACACGUCACAUCAUUUGUGGAUCUGGUUGGUAGGGGGUUGUCGAUAGCUCUGCCACGGACGGACGGACAGACGGACAUGAGUGUCUUUGUUUUACCUGCAUCGGCAUUGGCGCGCAGUCUUUAUUCCUUUCUGCCUUGAAUAUGUUACUGCUUACGGAGUUUACCGGAUGGACUGGUGCAUGCAUGCAUGGUUUUCUUCUUAUUCUUUCACACUUUUUACAUUUCCCUCUAAACCUUUAUUUCAAUGUCCCUGUCCACCUCAUUCGCUUACUCUUCCUCCUCCUCUUCCUCUGCACAAACCCCGUCUUACAUACAUACAUACAUACAUCCAUACAACCAUACAACCAUAUAUAGUUAUUUCCUGCAUGUCUCAACCAAGUAGAUACAAGAAUCUAACCAUACAAGACCACAUCA